AUGGGAGUAGAGUAUUUAAACACUCUAGGGAAAGAAGCGGAACCAGCAGCAGCCGAUCCGCCUGUGGAGUGGAGUGGAGUGGAGUGGAGUGGAGUGGAGUGGAGUGGAGUGGAGUGGAUGAAUUCUGACGCGUUUCAAACUCCUCUCUCCCACUCUCGAUCUCCUCUCACCCCAUGCAACCCAGCAGGCGCCAUGGGAGCAUGCAGACAUCGCACCAUGGGAGCGGAGUAUCUAGACGCAGGGGAGCGAGCGGAAGCAGCAGUGGAAGUUUCUGUGGAUGAGCGUCUGUCAGCAGAGCCAGCCGCUGAGGGGCGCACGCCAAUGACUCUGGAACAGUACCGUGAAUGGAAGGCGAGGAAGGACCAAGAGGAAAGUGCAAGGAAAGAGGAGGCAGCCAGGAAAAGAGCAGAGGACAUAGCAGCGGGGCGAGUGCCUAUGAAUGGAAGAGAGCUGUUUAUCCAUGAGCCCUGGACGAGGGAGCAGGCGAUGGCAGAGUUCAAGAAGAACCCACAUGACGCCGAUAAUCUGACCAAGCUCGGCCGAACACUCGUGGAGCUGGCGCAAUUCAUUCAGGGGCAGGAGUCGAAUGAGAUGCUGGAUGAUGCUGUCUCGAAAUUUGACGAAGCUCUCAAGAUCGCCCCAUCUCGCCCGGACACGCUGUGGUGGCUCGGCAACGCGCACACCACGAGGGGAUUCCAGACACCUGACGCUACUCUUGCGAACGUCAGCUUUGAAAAGGCCUCCGACUGCUUCAGGAAGGCGCUGGAUGCGGACCCGAGCAACGACGCCUACCGCAAGUCACUGGAGAUCUCUCUGAAGGGCCCGGAGUUGCAUCAAGAGGUGCAGAAGCAGAUGGCACUACAGCAGGCGCUGGGAGCGGCAGUGCAUCCAUCGUCCAUGGAUGCUCCCAAGGUCCAGAAGAAAAAGAAGAGCAGCGAUCUGUGGUAUGACGUGGCAGGGUGGGUGAUUUUGAGUGUGGGUGUGGUGGCGUGGCUCAGCAUCCUCAGUGCCCGAGCGCCGCCCCCUGCCGCUGCCAAGUAA